AUGCAUGUUGGCCUUGCUGGCUCGAGCUUUUUGCCAGUCUCCGGCAUGAUGCCGCGUCCGAGUUCGCAUGGGAUCCUGCUCCUCUCGCUGUUUCAUCCCUCUGAUUCUUCGCUCUCGCUCUGUUGGAGCGCCCCUGACUGCGUCGACCGCCUCAGAAGUCACCCGAAGGAUGCCAAGGCUUGGGGCGAGCUGGGCUUCUACGGAGGGGGCAUUAUCGGCUCCCGGCAUUUCUCUCCGAAAGACUGCGAACUUCGAGCCCUGGAGCUGGAUGCGACGGUCGCCGCCUUUUGGUACAACUUGGGAGUCAUCGGCGGCGGCCGAACAGAGGGGAGGUGGUAUUCCGAAAAGGCCUGCUUUCAGAAGGCCCUGGGCCUAGAUCCCAAGGACGCCAACGCCUGGGACGAGCUGGGAGCCGUGGGAGGUGGCCGAGUGAAGGGGAGGGAUCACAGCCCAAGAAACUGCUUCGAGAAGGCCCUGAAGAUCGAUCCACAUCAUGCAGGAGCCUGGUAUAACCUAGGUCUGCGGGGUGGUGGUUUGGUCAGAGGGCUGGGAUACAGCACCCCGGCACAAUGCUAUGCCAAAGCCAGCGAGGGUCGCGAUAGGAAGCUGGAGGUGGAUCUUGAUAGCUUAUCCGAUGCCGUAAAACAAGAAGACUUCCGGAAUGUGGCCGCAGAGCUUCUGCUGGGGAACUCGAAGCUCGAUUUCCGCGAGCAGAUGACGGAGCUCUUCCGUCUUUGCCACCCGGCCACUGCCGAAUGUCUGGAGAACGGCAAGGCACAGACUGCUUAUUGGCACGGGGAGUUGGCCAGAAAGCUGCCUGAAGCACCUUCCAUGGUGUCGGCCAUAGUGCUGCAGGGCGUGAUCCUGGAGCUCCAGAAGCCCCAGCGGGGUAACACAUCCUUCAGCCGCAGCUUGCUGAGCCAGGCCGUCUGUAUGGCCCAGGUGCGUUGGGCAAGGAGUGAACGGCGCCUUGCCACCGACAAGGCUCCAGAAGCUUCCGGCGACCCUUGUGAUGAGACCGAGCCGAUGCGCCUCUGGAGCACGGAGCCUGCGGUCAACCCCCGAGGAGGACACAUGAUGGGGUGUGCUCUCGCCGCCGGCACCAUACUGGCAGCAUCCGUCUCUCUGGUCUUCAUUCUUCACCGGAGAGCGAAGUUGGAGAGCUACCAGCCCCUGCCACAGACAGACUGGGAAUUCCUACAUACAGAAGGUGCUGGGCCAGGUGGGGCGCGAGCAGGUGCAGUGCAGGAGGUCCGGGAAUUACCCGAUCAUCUACUGCAUCCGCUGCAGCGCUUUCACACAUUUCAGUGCUUCCCUGGGGUGUGA